AAUGCGACCUAACAGAAAGAAACCAAAGAUCGAUCAGACCAAACCAGAUAUGAAGUUCAUCAAGUCUCUAGGAAAGGGUACGUACGGCUCCGUAGAUCUCUUCAGUUACACCAAAGACGACGGCUCAACGUUCUACAACGCCAUGAAGAUCUCUGAUUCUAAAUACUACAACUCUAUCGACAGAGAGUUUAAGGUCCUUUCGAAACUCAGAGGAUGUCCUGGAAUCGUGCAAUCUUUUGGUAACUCACUGCUUCAAGAAACCGAUUCUGAUGGAAAGAAAGUCUACAAGAUGGCCAUAGAGUACGCAGCUGGUGGUAACCUAACCGACUUCAUCCGAAUAAACCGAAAGUUAUCGGACACGUUCGUUAAAGACUUCACUCGGAUGCUUCUCCAAGGACUUGCGUCGGUACAUGACCACGGUUAUGUCCACUGCGAUCUUAAACCGGAGAAUCUCCUUCUCUUCCCGCGUCACGAUCAAGAAACGCGGUUUUGCUCGUACGAGUUAAAGAUUUCGGAUUUUGGAUUGACGAUAAAGGCAGGAGAGGAGUCUGUCUGUUGGGAAACCAAAUCUCCGUUUGUCGGAACGCCGUUAUACAUGUCUCCGGAGUCGGUACGGGACGGUACCGCCGUGGAGAAAACCCUAGACUUGUGGUCGUUAGGUUGCGUGGUGUUGGAGAUGUGUGUAGGUAAGCAUCCGUGGGCAGGGCUUAGUGUUGAUGAUAUAAAGUCUCGUUUGUUGUGUGGGAAGGCGCCGGAGAUUCCAGAGACUGUGCCUUGUGACGCAAGGAAGUUUGUGGAGAAGUGUUUUGCAAGAAAGCCUGAAGAGAGGGGAAGUGCUUCUGAGCUGUUGUUGCAUCCGUUUUUGGUCGGAGAGAGGAAGGUGGAUGGUGCCGGCGGCGGCGGCGGAGGAGAGAGGAGGCGGGUGGGGUUGAGGAUCAGAAAACCACCGGAGAGGUUUGACGAUAUUGCAAAGAAGCCAUUGAAAUUGAAGAUUAUCUCAUCUAAGUCCUCGCAGUUUAAGAGAGUUUCGAAUAAACCCCAAAAGGUUAAGAUUGGUCGUCCUUGACUCCCAAAAUCUAAUUUUGCUCCCGUGCAGUAGUUUCCUGAAACUAAAAGUACCGCUGUUACUCUGUCAAAAAUGUUAAUUUUGGCGAUUAUCAAAUUGUAUGUUAUAUGAAAAUCGAUAAUGCAUAUAUUUCCAGUUUUUCGAAAAUUUAUGUCUAGUUAAUGUUAAUGCUCAAUAUAUUUCCUCAAAUGUUUGGGCCGAAACAUAAGGCCUGUUGAAGAAUUGGCCCAUCGAGAAGCUUAGUGGUAGAAUCACCAACAUGAAAUUAAGGAAGAACUUCUUUUGGUUAAUAAUAGGUUUAAGUAGCUAGCCAAUGUAUAUUUUUAGCAACGAAAAAUGAGAUAUAUUUAUGUAUACAUGACUCAUUUUGACGCACGAGGGUUCUAAUAUUAAAAAUCAAAUCAUUGUAAGAGUUUAUGUUUCCUUCUUGAAAUUUGUUUGUUUUAGACAAGAAAAUUGACAAGAGCGUCGGAGACAUAUAACAUAAUGUAGAGAAAGUUCCCCACAUACAUUGUUAAACCAUUAUCUGAAAAGAUGCUUUCACUAUAUUUUAUAUGUAGUUAUGUAUAUAUAGGAAUAUUCAUAAAUGGUGGUCCAAAUAAAAGAAACAAGACCCAUAUGAGUUUCAGACAAUAAUGAUAAUCACAAACCUACCAAAAGCUUUAGAUCUCCCAAAAGCUAUAAUAAUCCACAUUUCACAUUUGUAUGUAUGUCCAUAUUGACAUUUCACUUACAUAGACAGAGCUGAGAGACCCAUUCUCUCAAAUGUUGUUGUCACUGCCGAUACAGAAAUCUUACUCAUUCAAUCAUGUUUUUUUUUAACCUAACGCUUAUUUUUAACUCUCUUCUUUAUACUAAAUAUUUAUUCACAUUAUUUUUUAUCCGACUCUCUUACACGUUCUGAAACUAACGACUAUAUAAAUUUCAAACAAUAAGACAUGCAAUUUUAAACGUUAUCAUAUAUAGGAGUUCUAAGGACACGAGUGAGAGUAAAGCUAGGCUGAUACGUUUUUCUAUGCCGAAUUUAGAAAAAUUAUGUCGAUUAUUGCUGAUUUGUAGAACAUUGGUGUUUAGUUUUAAACUC